UUGAUAUGAAUCCCCAACUUUAAUUAACGUGCACAAAUGAAUACGGCUUUUUGUAUCAGCUGCGACUUUUAUUUUGAAGAGUGAGACUACAAGGAACUGACUGCGCAAGACAUGAAAACAGAAGUGAAGUGAAAUGACAUUGGACCUGAGAUCUUAUGGGUGUCCAGGGUCUGACCACCUACGUGGAGGGGAACAGACACUUCCUCCAAGAUGUGAAGUUCAGAGACAGUCGUCUAGUUAUUGAUGGCUGCAGUCUGUAUUUCCGCCUCUACUUUAACCACGGUUUGGACCAGCAGCAUGGGGGGGACUAUGAUGCCUUUGCAUGCCUUCUCAACCAGUUCCUAUCUGCGUUGACAGCCUGUAACAUCCAGCCCUAUGUGGUACUGGAUGGAGGGAUUGACCCGAGUGAUAAGAAGUUCCCAACUCUGCGCCAGCGUCUGCAGUCCAAAAUAAGGGAGGCUGACAGUCUCUCCCACGGACGAAAUGGCUCUGUUCUCCCCAUCCUCACGAGGAAAGUGUUCAUUCGGGUCCUUAUGGAGAGAGCCGUCCCUUUAGUCCAGUGUCCUGCUGAGGCUGACUGGGAAAUUGCAUGCUUGGCUCACCAGUGGAACUGCCCUGUUCUGACAAAUGACAGUGAUUUUUACAUUUUUGACCUCCCAGGGGGUUACCUGCCACUCAAAUUUUUCCAGUGGACCCACCUGAAUGGUAAAGCCUCUAACCGCUACAUCUCUGCCCGACGCUACACUACUAACGGGUUGUGCCGCUUGUUUGGUGGAUUGAACAAGGAGUUGCUCCCUUUAUGUGCAGUCCUGACUGGUAAUGACUACGGCACGCCAAAAGAUGCUGAGACUCUCCUGGCGAUGAUAAAUCUGAAUGCAUUGGUAAGAGGUGGAAAAGGUAGGGCACCUUCCUCUCGCAUAGAGGGCAUCCUCAUUUGGCUGUCCUCUUUCCCAACUCCAGCAGAGGCCCUGCAAGAAGUGGGUAGGCUAAUGGGGGAGGAUGGAGGUGGUAGGGGCAAAAGAGAGAAAAGUGGGCUCAGUUUGCAGCUGUGGGAAGGAAUGCAGGAGUAUCAUGUCAAGCCGCAGAGCUCUCUGGCUCGCUGGUUCUCCAAAGGGCAGACCUCCGGGCUUCCACAGCUGCCUGAGUGUCUAUCCCUGGCUGCCACACAAGGUAUGUUGUCCCCCUUGGUGGUGGAUGCUCUGGUGAUGCGAAGGGUCCUUCUUAUACCACAGGUGGAGAACAGCAAGCUAGCAAGCAGCCACUGCUGUGCCAAAGCUAUCCGCCAGGCUGUGUAUGGGAUACUACUGCAAGUAGGGGAUGUGAGGGUACAGGGAAACAGCCAAGGGAGGGGAGGUGGGAGAGGGCGAGGUGGAAGGGGGAGGGGAGGUGGUCAGGUUGGUGGAGGUAGGGGUCCGCUUUGUGGUGGAGAAACAGCAGCUCAGUCUCAGGAUUCUGGAUGCCAUGUUUCUGUUGAGGAGUAUGACCGUCUUGAGCUAAACUUGAAGAAAAACCAAGUGGAGGCACGUCAGACCAGGACUCCUAUACACCUUGGUACACUUGGACAGGCUCCUGCAGCAGUGCGUCUCAACGUCCUGUUAGAAGUUUUAGGCACACAAGAGUUAGCUCUUGCUGCUGUCCCUCCCUACCUUUGGCUGGCUGUAGCAGUGACCGGCUUCUGGCUUCGAGAGGCCAAACCAACCCCCUCACAGCCCCAGCUCCAGGCUCUGUUACUGGGCUUGGUUUACGGAGAGCUGUCCUGGAAUAACCAGCAUGGAGCUACUCACUACCAACAUGACUUUGCACAGCUGAACUGGGCUGCAGAGCACCAUGUGGGAGCUGCUCUGGAUCGACUCCGUGUUAGGCCCAGGGAGAGACGCGGUCUUGAUGUCGGAGCGGCUCACAGUUUCAGCCAGUGGCAGGCCUGCCUCUGGAGUGCACUGUGUCUGAGUGAGCUACUGCUGCUGCCACUGCCUGAACCUCACCUGUCAUGGUUGUUCAGUGGCACCUUGGUGCACGGCCUCCUCCGCAACCUGAAAGGUGGCAAAACCCCAGAAUCCCUCCUCAGCGGAGGCUACUUAUCUGGACAACUCUACCGCUGCCUGCUGGAUGCUGUGAGGAACUGCAGCUCCAGAAACCAACCCUCCUCUUCGGCAGCAGGCAGGAAGAGAAGAGGUGGAGGUCGUGGAAGAAGAGGAAGAGGUGGUAGAGGAGGGAGAGGAGGGGGGAGCGGGACUGAGGAGAUAAACAACAGGUUUGCUCUCCUGAUGAGCGAGGAAGAGUUUGACGAUGACUGAGGAGGCUGCAGAAUGACAUCAGCUCACUAUGGGGCCAAACAGGGAAGGACAUUCCAGUGUUUAAUUGUAACACCCUGGGAAUGUGAAGUCAUUAACGUGCAAAGAACUGCACUUCCAAAUGGUUACCACAGAGCUUCUUUAUACUUUUACUGCACUAUUACAACCCUCAUCUACCAUUCUGAAUCAAGUAAAUUCAUCUUUUUACUGAAGCACACUCAUGCCAUGAUUUUAAUAGAUAUAUGCAGCUUGUAUUCACAGUGAAGUCCUAUUCAUUCAAACAGUUAAUUCACCAUUUAUCAUCUCUGUUGACCAAAAAGUUUUCUGGCAGCUAUUGUCUCUUUUAUGCGCAUGAUUAAUACCUUAAUACUUAUGAAUUUGGUACUCAAGCUUUUGUACAAUAAUAAAAUAACAAAUCAAGGAACUC